AUGCUCCCCGCGCUCGAGAACUCGAAUCUGCUGCUCACGAUCCAGAGCGGCGUCGUGGUGCUCGUCGCGGUCGCGGUCGCGGUCGACGUGCGGGUCCAGGACGUCGUCGGUGCAGGCGGCGGUGCCAGCGUGGGUGCUGGAGUGAUUGCCGGCGUGGGUGCCGGCACGUCUCCUCAAGGCGCACCCUGUGCAAUCCCACGAGUAGGCGUCUUCAAGGGAUUGACAGGGAAGGCUGUACAAGUCCCACGCAGCAUCACAGUCCGCUGCUCCAUUGGCUGUGUAAUCUUCGACGCAGACGGGUGGUGGUGGUGUCGGUGGAGCUGGCUUCUCGAAUAUACAACUGGAGGAUGA